AUGCUGAAUUCGAUAUUCUCUGGCAAUACCAACAAUAACGGCACUGUCACACCACAUUCAAUGCGUGAAUCCCCCGACGCCGAAAUGCGGCCCACAACCCACACUAUCUUCAAUGCUUCCAACAAUACCCGCCGCCGUCGCAUCGUGGUAGCCAUGACAGGAGCCACCGGCGCGACCCUUGGCAUCAAAGUUCUCAUAGCCCUCCGCCGCCUCAAUGUUGAAACCCACCUGGUCAUGAGCAAAUGGGCCGAAGCAACCAUCAAAUACGAAACAGACUACCAUCCAUCCAACGUCCGUGCCCUAGCCGACCACGUCCACAACAUAAAUGACAUGGCUGCACCUAUCUCCAGCGGCUCUUUCAAAACAGACGGAAUGAUCGUGGUGCCAUGCAGCAUGAAGACGCUGGCUGCAAUUACCUCGGGCUUUUGUGACGACUUGAUCUCUCGAACAGCAGACGUGAUGCUUAAAGAACGGAGACGGCUGGUGCUUGUUACGCGCGAGACACCACUGAGCGACAUCCAUCUGAGAAAUAUGUUGACGGCAACGCAGAGUGGGGCUGUCAUUUUCCCGCCUGUGCCGGCGUUCUAUAUCCGAGCUGCUGGGGUGGAAGACUUGGUUGACCAGAGCGUGGGGAGGAUGUUAGAUCUGUUUGACUUGGAUACAGGGGAGUUCGAGCGGUGGAAUGGGUGGGCGGAGUCAUAG